GAGCUCCUUUGCCUGUACGACCCUCGCUUUUUGGACCGACAUCUGUAUAGACCCGGCCUGCAGUUGACGCCCCUUGCAUCGCAGACGCGCCUGCGCACUCCUCCAGCCGACGGGACGAAUCGCACGCCGAGCCACCCCCUCUCGCCAUCACGAUGCCUAUGUGUGGUGGAACCAAGUCCGUACAGCGCAAGCUAGUGCUCCUUGGUGACGGUGCAAGCGGAAAGACUUCACUGCUGAAUGUCUUCACAAGAGGAUACUUCCCGACAGUAUAUGAGCCAACAGUCUUCGAGAACUACGUCCACGAUAUCUACAUCGACAACACGCACGUCGAACUCAGCCUUUGGGACACGGCCGGACAGGAAGAAUUCGACCGAUUGCGAUCACUCAGCUACGAUGACACGCACGCCAUCAUGCUCUGCUUCUCAGUAGACUCUCCAGACUCGCUUGAGAACGUGGAGACGAAAUGGGUUGGCGAGAUCGCAGAGAACUGUCCAGGCGUCAAGCUCGUCCUCGUCGCGCUGAAGUGUGAUCUACGAAAAAAAGACGACGAUGAUGCGGAGAACAAUGAGCCUGAGAAGCCCUGUAUCGACUACGAAGAGGGCCUUCGGAUCGCAGAGAAGAUCAAGGCCCUCCGAUACCUGGAAUGCUCUGCCAUGAAAAACCGCGGCGUCAACGAGGCUUUUACCGAAGCCGCCCGCGUCGCGCUACAAGUUAAGACAAGCAAGGACAAGAGUGGUGGCUGUACUAUUCUUUGAGCGCUGUACUUGCCUUUGUUCUGUUUUCUGGAUAUAUCAUACCUCGCGCCCAUUACGUCAAUAUCCUGAACGACCGCCACCACCUCCUGUCUGCGCUUUUUGCAUACUUCCCGCCACACGAAAGCCCCCUUAUUCCCCAUUUACAUUCGAGUUCAAGCCGGCCAUGUAAGGUGACCAACGGUGCUGUACGGCUGACUCUAUUCGUCUCGACACAGAGAUGGAGACCGUCGUCAAAAUGCUCUCGGAUACACCACC